CGGAGCGCGGGGGGGCGAUUCGACGCGAAGAGCGCGAACGCGACGGAUUCGGAGACGACGACGACGGCGGCGACGCGAGAGACGGUCGCGGAGGACGGUGAUGGGGCGAAUGAGGCGGUGCGGAGAGUGGCGGAGGAUCACGUGCGGGCGAUGGAGGCGCUGAAAGAUGGUGGGGUGGGCGGGCGCGGGACGAGGAAGUCGAGGGAGGCGGCGUCGACGAGACGGGAUUUUCGAGCGCGGGACGCGAGGUGCGUCGUGCUCGCGGGGGGGGCGGACGAGACGAAUCCGUUGACGCGUGGGCGCGCGCGAAGUGCGGUGCAUCUGGGGGGGGCGUAUCGAGUGAUUGAUUUUCCUUUGACGAAUUUAAUCAACUCGGGCAUGCGUCAGGUGUACGUGCUGACGCAAUACAACAGUCACUCGCUGGUGACGCACGUCAACCGCGCGUUCCCGAUGGAGAUGUUUGGAAACAACAACGAAGGGUUCGUAGAGGUGUUGCCGACGUCGCAGACGCGCGAGCACGGGGAGACGUGGUCGAUGGGGAGCGCGGAUUGCGUCGCGAGGCACCUCACGCACGGUUCGCUCACCAAGCAUAGUUUCGACAUGCGCUUGGAGGACGAGUGUUUGCAAAGACACGGAUCGCUCGAAGCGUGCGCGGCGAACCAAACCGACGGGAUCACCAUCGUGUUGGCCGCCGAGCAGUUGUACACGAUGGACUUCAACAAGCUCUUGGAGGCGCACUUGAAGUCGGAAGCAGACGUCACCGUCGCGACGUGCGAUCAAGUCACGGCGGAGAACGCAUCGAGAUUGGGCAUCAUGGACGUCGACGAGCACACGUCGAGCAUUUUAUCCUUCAUCGAGAAGCCUUCGGCCGAUCAGUUGCUCGAGUUUAUGCAGUGCUCGACGGAGAAUGAGCUUCUCGAGUGCAAGCUCAACGCCAACAUGGGCGUGUACGUCUUCAACAACUCAGCCCUGGAAGAGCUUUUGAGAGAUUCAAAGAAUCCGGCGGAAGAACGACACGAAUUCGGCAGGGACAUCAUUCCGCACGCGGUGAACGCGGGCUACGACGUACGUUCGUACAAGCACUCUGGUUAUUGGAAGCCGCUUCGAACGCUCGCCGACAUUUAUGAGGCGAACAUCUCAGUCGCCACCGGCGGCGACGCCGCGUCACUGAUCGACUUUGAUCGAUUAGUGUACACGAAACCCAACUUUUUGCCGCCUAACACAUUUUACGGAUCUUCGUUGACCGAGCGUUCAAUCAUUUCGGACGGGUGCGUCAUUCGCGACGGCGCCAAAAUCAUCAACUCCAUCGUCGGUCCGUGCACUGUGAUCGACAAAAACGUCGAUUUGGAAGGAGUCGUCGUGGUCGGUCGCGACGAAAUCCUGAAGCGGUCCGGAGGGGACAAAGUCGCCGAUAUCGGCGCGAAUACCAUCAUUCGUAAGUGCAUGGUUGAUUCCGACGCCGUCAUCGGAGCCAACGUUCGCAUUCUCAACGAGGCAGGCAUUCAAGAACUCGAUCGCACCGAGGAUGGAUACAUCAUCAGUGAAGGCAUCGUCACCAUCCUCGGAGGCGCCGUGAUCCCCGAUGGGUUCACAAUCUAAACAAUAAACAGAACACAGCGCCGGGCUCAAGCCAUUUUGAACCCGCCGCGAGCGAAAUGAAAAUAGGGACGCAGGCGGAAACCG